AUGUCUGAGACAAUAGCCGACAGUCUCGUCGUUGAGAUUGAUAUGAUGCUUAGUCAGCUUAGAAGCGUGUCUCCUCCACCUUCAGAACCCUCAAUGUUUAGAGUUGAUGAUCGUUUACGAAGCAUAAAUCCAAAGGCUUACGAUCCAGAAAUAAUAGCCAUUGGCCCAUUUCACCGAGGUAAACGUAACUUGCAAGAGAUGGAGCUACACAAAGUCAGGGCACGGCAAAGUUAUGAAGAAGACAUCGACCUUGAUAAAGAAAAAUUCCUGCAAAUGUUGAUUUUUGAUGGUGGUUUUAUCAUCGAAUUUCUCUAUUUGUAUCAACACGAAGAACGGGGGUAUGAAGGUGACCCCAUUUUCCAGCAUAAGCAUAUACAAAGUCAUUUGCUUCAUGAUCUACUGCUGUUUGAGAAUCAGAUUCCAUUUUUCAUUGUUGAAUGUUUGUUCAACAUGAUCGAUUUAAAAAAUGGAGACAACAUCAUCAAUUCUCUAAUAUAUCCUUUACUGCACUCUAGCAUUUUCCCAGUGCCAAGGGAAGAUCUUCCUGAAGUACUCCCUGUUAAUGCUCUCCAUCUUCUUGGCAUUGUACAUGACAUCCAGUGUUCUUCCUUUGCAACAGUAGUAUCUCUGACGGAUGCUGGAAAUCCAGGUAAAGUGGCUACUAUAUAUUCAGCUGUAGAGCUCGAGAAGGCAGGGAUUUCAAUCCAAAAGUCAGAAUAUCAUAGUUUGCUUCAUAUUGAAUUCGAAAAUAAAGCUAUGAAGAUUGCAGAAUUGAAAUUUUCUGAUUCAACAGAAUGGUUGUUCCGAAAUCUAAUUGCAUAUGAGUACUACCUCACAGGCAGUCCUCAAAAAUAUGUGACAGAUUAUGUAUUCUUCAUGCAUUGUCUUGUCCGUUUCCCUGAAGAUACAAAAUUAUUGCGACGUCGUGGAAUCGUUAGCAACCUUUUGGAGAGAAAUGACAUGGCUUAUCAUGUAAUCAAGCGGCUAAGUAAGAAAAUCAUAGUUUCUGAAAUGUUUUCUUAUUCUAAUAUUUUCAACAAUGUGAACCAUCAUCGUCGCAGUAAAUGGAAUACGAGGAUGGCAACUUUAAGACGAAAUUAUCUCAAAGGUCCACGGGCACUCAUUUCAGUCUUUGUUGCCACUUUCUUGCUUGUGCUCAUCAUACUGGUUACGUUUGGUAUUCUCUCAUACUGUAAUGAUCUCGAGAAGGGGAACUGA